UCGAGCACAAAUCAAACCACCAGUCGCUGCUUAUGUACAACGAGUUCGGCAUUCAGCACCAACCGUGAAAGGAAACCCUUCGCCAGCGCACAUUUUCCAUCAACCAUGGAGGCCGCCACAACUGAAGCAUACGUGAUGCUCACCCUCGGCCUUGCCGUGAUCGCGCUGCGUAUCGUGCUGCGCGUCCGGACCGCGGGCACAGCAAGACUGUGCGCAGAUGACUACUUGAUGGUCGCGGCAGCGAUUCUCUAUAUUGUCGAGACAUAUCUCGCUUGGAGCAUCGACGCGGUGUGGAAGGGCAAAGCAAACGACGGCUUGACGACGGAGCAGAGAGAAGCUAUCACUGAAGGCAGCGACGAGUUCAUCCUCAGAACCGGAGGCGCCAAGACCCAGAUUGCGGUGCAGACCACUUUCGUCGCGCUGCUAUGGACGCUGAAGAGUGCCGUCUGCUGCUUUUAUUGGCGAUUGAUGAGUGGUAUCAAAGGCUACAAACUCCGCAUUCUGCUUGCAAUCGUUUUCGUGACCGCAUCAUGGCUCGCCGUUCAGCUCACGCUCUUCUGCGCAUGCACGCCGAUUCACAAGUAUUGGCAGAUCUACCCUGAUCCUGGAAAUCAAUGCCAAGCCGCCAUCAGUCGUCCUUUUCUUCUUGUCUGCUUGUUGCUGGACAUAACCACCGACAGCUUCCUCCUAGUGGUACCGCUGCCCAUGCUGUGGCGAUCACAAGGUUUGUCGCUCGCGCAGAAACUCGGGUUGACAGCCAUAUUCUCUGCUGGCUUCAUGGUCAUCAUCUGCGCCAUUGCCCGCAACACGAUCUUGCUUGUGGUGAGUCCUCAUUUCCGGACCUGA